AUGGAUCCGAAAUUUGGCUUUUGCGGUGACCCUUUCUGGGAUGACUUUAAGCCACUUUACAAUCGGACGGGGGCAUUUCCGGUUUUGACGGAAUGCUUCCAACAUACAGUUCUGGUGGCAGUCCCAUGCUUUUUCUUCUGGUUUCUCUUCCCCGUUCUAUCACUCCAACUAAACCAUUCCAAAAAUCCGCCACUCCCAUGGACAACAAUAAUGAGCAUGAAAUGGCUCGUGCUCGUCAUGAUCAUCAUCGACCGUGCCUUUGUGCUAUUUCUCGGGAUUUGGGGCAAAAUCUGGGGACCGACUAUGUACCGCCGGUUGAUCUCGUUUUUCCAU